GUGUCCUUUGUCAGCAGUCCUAUUUGUGUUAAGUAUUGAGCCUUUGUUGAAUAUGAUAAGAAAUGACAAUAAUAUAAGAGGAAUUGAAGUUCCGGGAAGUGGAGGCCAGCAGAUAAAAUUGUUUGCUUAUAUGGAUGACAUCACAGUAUUAAUAAGGGACGCUUGGAGUGUAAAGCAAAUAAUAGAACACACUGAAAGUUUUUGUAGGGCCUCAGGGUCAAAUUUAAACUUAAAAAAAUGUGAAUGUAGGAUAUGGGGAAAAUGGAAAGAAGAACCAAAAGAAAAGAUAAGACUUACGGAUAAGGUGAAAGUACUUGGGAUUACUUUUGGAGAUGUCAACACAGAAAAGGAGGAAUGGAAGGGAAUGUUAAACCAGAUCAAUCAAAAAAUAGGGUUCUGGAGUUUGAGACAUUUGACAAUGGAAGGGAAAAUAUUGUUGGUUAAAGCAAUCAUUCUACCGAAAUUAUCAUAUUUAGCAACUGUUUUUUAUCCGCCAAAGAAAAUACUAAAAAGGAUUUUAAGAACUUGUUUUGUAUUUCUGUGGAAUUCAAAGUGCGAAAAACUGGCUAGGAAACAGGUAAUGAAGACCAAAGAAAAUGGAGGUAAAGGAUUUCCAAAUAUUGAAAAGGAGUUGGAACUAAAACAUACAGCAACGGUGGUGAAUUUGGCAAUAAAUAAAAGAGGAAAAUUUGCAGAUAUGUUGAGAUAUUUACUAGGGACGGAACUAAGAAAAGCGAAACUGUUAAAAAUAACUAAUAACAGACCUAUGGCGUUUAAUGUGCCAAAACACUAUAAGAUUAUAAAAAAAUGUUUACAAAGGUAUGAAUUGGAGGGAGGAGAUUCAAAAAUGUGGGGAAAAAAAAGAGAAUUAAAGAAAUACAUAGAAAAAAAGGAAACAAUGAGGAAAAUUCAAGCACUUACGGAGGAGCAAAUAAGAAAAGUGUGGCAACAAACGUCAAAUAAAGAAUUAACAAAUAGACAAAAAGAUUUGGGGUAGAUGAUAGUAAAUGAAAUUUUACCAACGAAUACAGUUAUAUACAAAAGGAGAGUGGUUAAAAGUAAAAUGUGUCCAAGAGACAAUUGUUUAGAAGCAGAGACUGCAGAGCAUGUAUUCUGGAACUGCAGAUAUGCACAAGAGGUGUGGAGAUAUGUGGGAAGGGAAUGGAAAGGGGACUUAGAGUUUGAAGAUAUUACAAAAGAAGGUGUACUAUAUGGUUUGGUGGGAAAGGAGCUAAAUGAAAAAAUGUCAAUAAGGCAAUGGGAAAUGGUUAGUGUCAUAAAAGAAAAUAUGUGGUGGUUUAGGAAUGAAUUAGUAAUACAUAAUAAGAAAAUAACAAUACAAAGACUGUUACAGAGAUGUGAAAAAGAGAUACGG